CAUUGUGAAAGUUUUUGAGCUCUCAGCAGGAAUGCAGUUACAGGUCUGGACCUGAACUUCCGCAUUAAGCAGGAAGAAACAGUCAAAGAGCCCAAAUGCAAUCCACAGCAGCACACCCAGGUCUGCCUGCAUGUGACCGUCAUCUUUGGGUUGUUGGGCUUUUUUCUUAAGAGAGCGAUAUUUCAGGGUGCAACUCAUGUCCAUCUGGCUUUUAUUUUGAAACUAACUGGUGAAUCGAGGAUUAUUACAUUUGUAAAGAUGGAUGAUAUUGAUGCCAUGUUUAGUGACCUGCUGGGGGAGAUGGACCUCCUCACUCAGAGUCUUGGAGAGGAUGUGGUACCUCCUAAACCUCUCCCCAGCACUGAGCAGGAUAUCAACUUCUCCAUCGGUUUUACUGACCUGAACGCGUCCGUUAAUGAACUGGAGGACAAUGAUUUGGACGCCCUCAUGGCCGACCUGGUGGCAGACCUCAAUGCGACGGAAGAGAAAAUCGCAGCGGAAAUACAAAGUUUGCACGUCCCACCAUCUUCCUCAUCAGACCUGCCGCCUCCACCCAAAGGCCUGAGCGUCCAGCCUUCCUACUCCAUUACAUCAUCAUCGUCUUCAGGAAAUAACAAUACCAACAGCAGCAGCAGUGUCACCACCCGAUCUUCUUCCACCACCUCACGUCUGCCACCUCCUCAGUCAGCAAAACCCACAAUGGAAGAAGUAGAAGCUCAGAUGAAGGCAGAUAAAAUCAAGCUUGCCCUGGAGAAGCUUAAGGAAGCCAAAGUGAAAAAGCUGGUGGUGAAAGUGCUCAUGAAUGAUGGCAGCUCCAAGACUCUGAUGGUUGAUGAGAGACAAACUGUGAGGGAGGUUCUGGAAAACUUGUUUGAGAAGACACACUGUGACUGCAACGUAGAUUGGAGUCUGUGCGAGACUAACCACGAGCUGCAACUUGAACGGACGUAUGAGGACCACGAGAACCUGGUGGAGCCGCUCCUUGCAUGGACAAGGGACAGUGAAAACAAAGUCCUCUUUCAGGAGAGAAAAGACAAAUUUGAGGUUUUCAAAAACCCACAGAACUUUUAUCUUUGGAAAAAGGACAAUAAAUCUCUCAAGGACAUGAAAGACAAAGACAAGGAAUUGUUGGUAGAGGAGAACUUCUGUGGAACAUCCAUCAUCGUGCCCGACCUGGAAGGGGUGCUGUUCCUCAAAGAAGACGGCAAGAAGUCGUGGAAGCAGCGUCUCUUUCAGCUUCGGGCCUCAGGAAUUUAUUACGUUCCCAAAGGAAAAACCAAGUCGUCCCGUGACCUCGUCUGCUUCGUCCAGUUCAACAAUGUAAACGUUUACUAUGGGAAAGACGUCAAGAACAGAUACAAGGCCCCCACUGACUUCUGCUUUGUUCUAAAGCAUCCUCAGAUCCAGAAAGAGUCUCAGUACAUCAAAUAUCUUUGCUGUGAUGACGCUUGGACCAUGAACCUGUGGGUGACCGGGAUAAGGAUCGCUAAGUACGGCGCGUCGUUGUAUGAAAACUACCAAACAGCAGGGAGGAAGGCUGCUGUCAGCGCUGCUGUGUGGACAAACCGCAGCACUCCAUCCAGCUCCAGUGCUUCAACACCAUCACCAACCAUCAAAGCCAAAACACAGACUCAGGCCAACGGCUAUGCUCCAAAAUCACAAGCAGGACCUCCUAACCAGGGCAUUGGUAAUCUCCCCCCUCCACCUCCACCACAGAACGAGAUCCUCCCUCCACCUCCUCCCGACCCUGUCUUUCCUCCUCCACCACCGCUGCUGUCCUCCAAGCCUCUUCCACAGCGCCAGCAGCCCAGCAACUUCCCUCCACCUCCGCUUUCUAUGGACAGCCUCCCUCCUCCACCACCACCUCCACCCAUGGAUACCUCCUCAGAAGAUCCUCCAGACUUCCUUCCUCCCCCUCCUGCCCCUGCUGGCUUUAGUUCACUGCCUCCUCCUCCACCUCCGGCCCCAGCGGCAACUUUUUAUGGAAAUGCCAAUCGAUCCCUUCCACCUCCACCUCCAGACCCAGAAUUUUUACCACCGCCUCCUCCUGAUCCAGUGAUCUUAGCACCAGGUGCACCUCCUCCACCUCCACCUCCACCUCCUCCUGCUCCCAUUGCCCCUCCACAAGCUGCUGCCCAGCCAAGAAAGAUGGGUCCAGCUCCUCCAAAGAGGACUACUCCAGUGCUGCAAGGAGGAGGAGGAGGAGGAGGAGGAGGAGGAGGAGGCGGUGGAGACUUCAUGUCAGAACUGAUGUCAGCCAUGAAGAAGCGUACUGAUCAUUAGCUUCGAUGAAAAAACAGGGGAAUAAAAUCCAGAUUAUACCAGAUGAUCUCAGUAGAGAUUAUUACGGAUUCAUCUCUGCAGAAAAUCAUCUGGUACCUUUACUUUUCCUGAACAAUAUUUUAAGAAUAAUCAUUUGAAGUAAAUCCAUAAAGGUUCAAAGUUUGCUUAAACAGAGCACAAUGUAGUAACAAAGCUUUACAGAUACUUUUAUGUAAAGAAAUGUAUAUAUGUUUGCAUUAAGGGACUAUAAAUAUUGCAAAAAGACCA